GGAAGUUCAUUCCUUCUCUCGUCUCACUUGUACUCUUCAAGCAGUUCCUUACUUGCUCUCAUCUCCGGCCACCGAAAUGAACAAAGGCGGAAGCAGAAAGCGACCACCUCCACCACCGCAGAUUUCACCGGCGAACCCUCCCAAGCAGCAGGCAACCUCGCAAGAGGAGGAAUUUCUCGACGAAGAUGUCUUCCUUGAUGAAACCCUCAUCGAGGAUGAAGACUCCCUCAUCCUCCGAGACCUUGAGGACCGCCAGGCACUUGCUUCCCGCCUAUCCAAGUGGGUUCGCCCCUCUCUUUCCGAUGAUUACGUCUCCGGCUCGCGAAAUGUUGUAUUUCAGCAGUUGGAGAUAGAUUAUGUGAUCGGGGAGAGCCAUAAAUCAUUACUUCCGAAUUCUUCAGGACCUGCCGCCAUUAUCAGAAUAUUCGGUGUCACAAAGGAAGGACAUAGUGUGUGCUGUAAUGUUCAUGGCUUUGAGCCAUACUUCUACAUCAGCUGCCCUUCAGGAAUGAGACCUGACGACAUAUCCAACUUUCAUCAAAUUUUGGAGGGAAGGAUGAAGGAGGCUAAUAGGAACAGCAAGGUACCUAAGUUCAUUCGUCGUAUUGAGAUGGUCCAGAAAAAGAGCAUAAUGUACUACCAGCAGCAGCAUUCUUACCCUUUUCUCAAAAUUGUUGUUGCUCUACCGACAAUGGUUACAAGCUGUCGUGGCAUACUUGACAGAGGUGUACAAAUUGAUGGACUGGGUAUGAAGAGCUUCAUGACAUAUGAAAGCAAUGUUCUAUUUGCUCUUCGCUUUAUGAUUGAUUGCAACAUAGUUGGUGGCAACUGGAUUGAAGUACCUGGUGGAAAAUAUAUGAAGACAGCUAAAAAGUUGUCGUACUGUCAGUUAGAGUUUGAUUGCAUAUAUUCAGAACUUAUCAGUCAUGUGCCAGAAGGAGAAUAUUCAAAGAUGGCUCCAUUUCGCAUACUGAGUUUUGACAUUGAAUGUGCUGGUCGUAAAGGUCAUUUUCCCGAGCCUGGCCAUGAUCCUGUUAUCCAGAUUGCAAAUCUGUUAACAUUACAGGGAAAUACUGAGCCAUUAGUCCGUAAUGUCAUGACCCUUAAGUCAUGUUCUCCAAUUGUUGGUGUCGACGUGAUGUCCUUUGAUACAGAAAGAGAAGUCUUGCUAGCUUGGAGGGAUUUUAUUAAUCUAGUGGACCCUGACAUCAUUAUUGGAUAUAACAUUUGCAAAUUUGAUUUGCCAUAUCUCAUUGAAAGAGCUGAGACUUUGGGAAUAGCUGAAUUUCCAAUACUGGGUCGCAUCAGAAGCAGCAGGGUUCGGGUCAAAGAUACUACCUUCUCUUCAAGACAGUAUGGUACCCGGGAGAGUAAAGAAGUAUCAAUUGAAGGGAGAGUUCAAUUUGACUUGCUACAGAUUAUGCAACGAGAUUAUAAAUUGAGUUCAUACUCCUUGAAUUCUGUCUCAGCACACUUCCUUUCUGAGCAGAAAGAGGAUGUUCACCAUUCAAUUAUAUCUGAUCUCCAGAAUGGGAAUGCUGAAACCAGAAGGCGACUUGCAGUAUAUUGUCUGAAGGAUGCUUAUCUUCCUCAGCGACUAUUGGACAAACUGAUGUUCAUUUACAAUUAUGUGGAGAUGGCUAGAGUUACAGGAGUUCCCAUUUCUUUUCUUCUCUCCAGGGGUCAAAGCAUAAAGGUACUUUCUCAACUUCUGAGGAAGGCAAAACAAAAGAAUCUUGUAAUUCCAAAUGCCAAACACGCAGGAUCUGAACAAGGGACAUAUGAAGGUGCCACUGUUUUGGAGGCAAAGUCAGGGUUUUAUGAAAAGCCAAUUGCAACAUUGGAUUUUGCAUCCUUGUACCCGUCAAUCAUGAUGGCAUAUAAUCUGUGCUACUGUACUCUGGUUACACCGGAAGAUGCUCGCAAAUUCAACCUCCCUCCAGAAUGUGUUAACAAAACUCCAUCUGGUGAAACAUUUGUUAAAUCAAGUUUGCAGAAGGGAAUACUUCCUGAAAUUCUUGAAGAAUUAUUAACUGCUCGUAAAAGAGCGAAGGCCGAUUUGAAGGAAGCAAAGGAUCCUCUUGAGAAAGCGGUGCUGGAUGGUCGGCAGUUAGCAUUAAAAAUAAGUGCAAACUCUGUUUAUGGAUUUACUGGAGCUACCGUUGGUCAGUUACCUUGUUUAGAGAUAUCUUCAAGUGUCACAAGCUAUGGUCGACAAAUGAUUGAGCAUACAAAAAAACAUGUAGAAGAUAAAUUUACUACACUUGGGGGAUAUGAACACAAUGCUGAGGUCAUAUACGGAGACACAGAUUCAGUUAUGGUCCAGUUUGGUGUGGCCUCUGUGGAAGAAGCAAUGAACUUAGGGAGAGAAGCUGCUGAUUUUAUUAGUGGAACUUUCAUUAAACCUAUCAAGUUAGAGUUUGAGAAGGUUUAUUAUCCAUAUCUUCUGAUCAGCAAGAAGAGAUAUGCUGGUCUGUUUUGGACAAACCCAGACAAGUUUGACAAAAUGGAUACCAAAGGUAUUGAAACUGUUCGAAGAGACAAUUGUUUAUUGGUAAAGAACUUGGUAAAUGAGUGCUUGCACAAAAUACUAAUUGACAGGGACGUUCCUGGAGCAGUCCAAUAUGUCAAGAACACCAUUUCAGAUCUUCUUAUGAACCGUAUGGAUUUGUCACUUCUGGUUAUAACUAAGGGUUUAACAAAGACUGGAGAUGAUUAUGAAGUAAAGACUGCUCAUGUUGAACUUGCUGAACGCAUGCGUAAGAGAGAUGCUGCCACUGCUCCAAAUGUUGGAGAUCGAGUACCAUAUGUCAUUAUCAAAGCAGCAAAAGGUGCCAAGGCGUAUGAAAAGUCAGAGGAUCCCAUCUAUGUUUUGGAGAAUAACAUACCAAUAGACCCUCAGUACUAUCUUGAAAAUCAAAUUAGUAAGCCACUUCUAAGAAUUUUUGAUCCCAUUUUAAAGAAUGCCAGCAAGGAGCUUCUCCAUGGAAGUCAUACCAGAUCAAUCUCCAUCUCUACGCCCUCAAACAGUGGCAUAAUGAAAUUUGCCAAGAAGCAACUUAGUUGCAUAGGCUGCAAAGCUCUACUUGGUAAGACAGAUCAAACUCUCUGCUCGCACUGUAAGGGAAGGGAGGCUGAACUAUAUUGCAAAUCAGUGUCAAAUGUUUCUGAGCUAGAGACGCUUUUUGGGAGACUUUGGACACAAUGCCAAGAGUGCCAAGGCUCAUUGCAUCAGGAUGUGCUCUGCACGAGUCGAGAUUGUCCUAUAUUUUAUCGAAGAAAGAAGGCACAAAAAGACAUGGCUGAAGCCAAGCAACAACUAGAUCGUUGGACCUUUUGAGAGAUUUUCCCAGGUCCAAUCUCUUGAAGACUUCCAUGACAUGACAUUUGGAGUUUGAAAAUAGGAUAGUUACGGGGAAGUUAGUUGUCAGUUGUGGUGAAUGGAAUCUUUCUUGCGACAUAUCUUGAUGUUUUGAUCGGUAUGUGAAUGACCCUUACAUUUUGUUUUUCUAUUUAUCCGAGAUUUCAGCCACGUAGUUCCACAGAGUGAUAGUUUAAUCAGUUUCUUCAGUCUCAUAGUUACAUAGAUUUUGGAUAUGUUUGGGUAGUCCGUUAAUGGACGUAAUACCAUGUACAUGUAUGAAGAUAUUGUAUGCGUUCUAUGUGCAAUAUCCAUUUAUUUAAAAUUGAAACUACAGUUUGUAUGAUUUAUUAGAGAAACAAUUACGACGGUAGUAUUAGUUUUUUUGCAGUCAUUUGGGGGUUGGAUUUGAUUCUGUGUGAUAAUGGCAACUAUCUCGGCACCUAUCUGGAAAGUGUAGUGUUUGUCUUUUUAUAUCAUGUGAUAACUCUAAUAGUAUGCUACUAUGCGUCUUUUCAAUGCUAAUGUAAUUAUUCGACCAAAGUUCAUUUAUUUA